AUGUUGUACGUUUUUUUAGUGUUUAUAUUGUUGAAAUACGCCAAUAGUGAUGUCCCUGGGAAUUUGUCAAGUUCCAGCCCAUGCUCGGACCGCAACCACCUGUUCCUCGUCCAGGGGGUGCUGACAGCUGGGGGGAGCAACCGGGCCUGCGUGUCCCGGUUCCAUACCAGGGGAACCGCAAGAAUGGUGCUGACUCUGAGGACGGAAGACGGAAAGUUUACAACGGCCUCGAGGGAAUUGUCCGCUGGUGACGGUGGCUGCCUGGACAUUUCUGUGCCUCAGAAUCCAAACACAAAAGCAGAUUUAGCGGUAAAAUUGUGGUACCCAGAAGCCCAAUGCACCUGGGAGGGUCACGUGAUCGUGCGGAUAUCGUCAGCGAGGCUCGUGACGAUACAAACAGAGCGCGCGCGUUAUCGCCCCGGAGAUACGCUCAAUAUUAGAAUAUUCGCGCUCAAAACAAAUUUAUCGCCGGCAACGGGGAAUAUAGAAGAAGUAUGGCUGGAAGGUCCCCGUGGAGCCUGGGAGGGGUCCAGGGCCGCCCAAUGGACCAGAGUCCCGGCCAGGAUGGGUAUAGCUCAGGUCCAGCACAUCAUUGAUGAGAUGGCUCCAACUGGAAGGUGGACUGUCAGGGCGAGGCUUAGUGAUGGCUCUCAGGGUUCAGCCGCAUUCAUGGUGAGCAACUAUGAGAUACCUCCGUUCCAAAUGAGCGUCCGCCACGCCGCCAAAGUUCUGAAGACCAGCGAUAGAUUGGUCUGGACAGUUUGUGUGAGGUAUCCCUGGACAGAAGCAGUGGAAGGCAUGUUAGUUAUUCGUAUCCGUGGCGCCGGGGGGAACGUGACUGCCUCUGGUAUCUGGACUGCAGUGAGGCUGCGUGCCCCUAGGGCUUGCCACAGACACGCUGUAGCUGCUAAGAGGAUUGGACUCAAUGACAGUAAUCCACCCUUUGUGGUUGUCGCUCACUUCUCAUUCCAGGAAGAAAGUACUGGUACCUGGCAGAAUACGACCGUGGUAUCUCACGUGGUGGAUAAGGCUGUUACACUGGAGUUCCUCACCAAACCCCGAGCUGGCAUAUCACCAGGACUGCCCCAUAAGCUUAAGAUCAAAGCUACUCGCUUGGACGAGAAGCCAGCAUCAGACGAGCGUGUCAGAGUGUGUCGAACUCCUGUAUCCAUGACCUCGACCACUGUUCUGACUUCAAUACGGACGGUGUGCAAUGACGCCGUCACCGAUGACAAAGGCGUUGCUCGGGUCAUAUUUGACACAGCUGAUGAUGACAGCCCGUAUUACAAAUUUGAGGCUACCCUCUACAAUGACAGUACAGUAUCAGCCACCCCACUACAGCUGCCGUCUCACCGGGGAGGCUCUGUCCACGCCGCUCUGGGACCACUCCGAACAGAUAAAUCAUCUGAGAGAACAUUCGUACCACUCUAUCUUACAGCUAAGAAUGCUAGCAAACCUAUCACGGUGCAUUUCGUGAUCAUCACCAAAGGUGGUAAUAUAUACAGAUGGGGUGCCACAACCCAAUGCGCAUUUGCCAAUGCCGACCAUUUUCAUAUAACAUCCAAAGACGUGUAUUGCAAUAAUCCUGAUCCCAAGAUGGUAUUUAAACUUGGAGUAACCCAUGAUAAUGCGUCAGAUUCGUUACUAGAUCGCCAUGAUAUGUUAAGAGUGAUGCUGCCUCUAAAGAUGUCACAUCAGAUGUGCCCGGAUAGUCAUAUGGUCGCUUAUUUUUAUUACGAUGAUGAAUUUGUCAGUGCGAGCAAGCAUUUUGAAAUGGACGACUGUUUUGCUAAUAAGGUGGAAACGUCAUGGGUAACGCGUCAGGUGGCUCCCGGCUCUAUAGCCAGAUUCCAGAUCAGGGCGGACAGCAGAGCACUAUGUGCCUUAUCGGCUAUAGACAUAGCGUCCAAAAUGCCACAAGCGCCCACGAUGGCGAGCGCCAUUUUAGCCGCCCUGAGGAGACUGCUGGAAACGCACAGGAAUUUGACGGAGUACGACGCGGCUGGGCAGUGUUUCUUCACAACAGACUCACCAGGCCUACCUUCAACAAGUUUAGAGCUCACAUCUCAUUGGCUCGCUGCGGCUGGAGUGAGAUUGGUUGGCGGAGACAUGACUCCGAGGAAAUGUGACCCUGUCCCCGCCGCUAUUAUGGACGACGAACCCACAGUACCAAGGAGUGACUUCUCUGAGGCUUGGCUUUGGCGCCUAGUGGAUGUUGGUGCCAAUAGCUCAACAGUUGUAACGGCCCGCGCUCCAGACUCCAUCAGCAAGUUCGAAGCCAACACCAUCUGCCUCACCAAGACAGGAUUAGCAUUGUCUGCUCCUGCGACUUUACAGGUCUUUCGUGAAUUUUUCAUCCACGCUGACAGUCCACGAAGACUCCGUCGAGGAGACUCCACUAUCGUCAGAUAUCGCCUUUUCAACUAUCUUUACGAACCUCUAAGUGUUCAAAUCCAAAUCCUCACCGACCCCCACCUGGAAGGGCCCAUCAACUACAUAGAGACCGCUUGUGUUUCCCCAAGAGCUUCCACUGCGAGGCACGUGAACAUCCGCGCUCGCCUGCCAGGAUCCGCUAGACUCAGCAUCAGGGCCAAUGCUGUCAGCGACGCCAACUGUAAUUCUACUACUAGGACUGGAUUCAGUGAUGAAGUCAUCGUUCAGAUCACGGUAGAUCCAGAAGGCGUGCCAAUACACGAUCACCAGUCUGCUUUGCUCUGUGCCGAAGGAUCCAUAGAGUCCAGCAGUUCCAGGAUGAGCUGGAGCUGGCCGCGAGUGGACGCCGUGCCAGGCACCGAGAGCCUGGUGCUGUGGGCCGUGGGCGACAUUUCGGGGCCCUUGUUGGCGGACGCCGAUGCCCUGGUGCAGCUGCCUCGUGGCUGCGGGGAGCAGAACAUGGCGCGCCUCGCCACCAACCUGCUUGCGCUCGCGCAGCUCCCCCCACAGGCACCAGCAGCCGCCGCGGCCAGGGAACACGUGGCCAGAGGAUUCACUCGUCAACUACAAUACGUGCAUCCACUUGGAGGGUUCAGUGCGUUCGGCGCAUCAGACGCGACGCCUUCCACUUGGCUGACGGCAUUCUCUCUAAAAUACCUGAGGAAAGCACAUGAGAUUCUCUCCCCAGGGUUGCCAUCCCCCCCAGCCCUGGACCGGGCGGAACAAUGGCUUCUCAAGCAACAAAUGGAAAAUGGCUGCUUCAGAAAUGAAGGGCAGGUGUUCCACAGAGAGCUUAAGGGCGGUCUGACCGAAGACGGGGAAAUCGCAAGCGUGGCGCUGACAGCGUACGUGCUGAGCGCGGCGGCGGGCGGGCGCGCGGCGCGCGGCGCGCUGGCGUGCCUGCGCGCGCUGCCGCCGGGCGCGGGCCGCGCGGGCGCCGGCGCGUAUGCGCAGGCGCUGCUGGCUUACACCUUUAUGAAGCUCAGAAAGUAUGAAGAUGACCUGAGGAAGACCAACGAAGCCAGUCUGAUAGAGAACAGGAAGGCAGCUGGUCUUGAAGAUAACGAAGAAAUGAGGGAACUGGCGAAACUUCUGAAGUUGGCCAAGCGGAGCGGAGAAUUUGUCUGGUGGGAAACUAGCAGUCUGUCAACAUCGAUAGAAGCAACAGGCUACGCCCUGUUAGCUCUGUCUUUAUGUUCUGAAAGACUACGAGAGUCUCAUUUCGCGAAUGAAGCGAGGGGAGCCGUGAGAUGGCUGGCGACCAAGGCGAACCCUGCCGGUGGAUUCGUUUCUACACAGGACACCCUGGUAGCUUUAGAAGCACUGACAACAUGGCUGUCAAUCCAACCACUGCCCGUAGCGAACCUCACAGUGACCGCUAAGAGUGGUCACACUGUGAGAACGGUCAGGCUGAAGCCGGGGGUCAAAGUGCCGGAGGUCACCAAGGUGGAGGUCAGCGAACAAUUGGAUGUGGAAGUCAAAGGAACCGGGUGCGCCCUCGUCCAAGCCACUCGCUCCUACAACACCAUGUCAUCAACUUACAACAACAAACAGUUGUCGGUGCAAAUCAACGUGCACACGGACGGACAGUUCGCUUGUGACAGCAACAACACAGCUUGCUUCUGUGCCGCUGUUGUUGAGGCGUGUGUCGUGUGGGUGGGAGCCUUUCCAGAGAUGGCGCUGUUGGAAGUAUCUCUGCCGGGCGGGUAUACGGCCGAUGUGGCGUUACUUUAUACACAGCUACACCAAACAAAUGAUUUAUUACGCCGUAUAGAAGUAUCCACUAGCAGUGGGCGGGCGACCUUGUACUUGGCGAGUAGGGACGGCAGCGACUCCCUGGGGAGCGGGGGGCAUCGCUGCUACUCCAUACACGCCAUAGGACCCAAGACCAGGACUAGGCCAGCAUAUGCUAGGGUUAUGGACUAUUAUGCACCAUCGGUUAAUGAUACUCAGAUGUACACGAUUCCCGAAGAAUGUCCACCGAGAAUAACUACAGAAACCAAUGAAUACCACUCCUCAGAUAACCUGUACGCUAAAGCAAAGUCACUUAAAGACGACGAACUAGUCAUAAUGCAUGAAUACUCAUUCGAAGAUAUACCUGAAGGUAUACCUCUGGACGAUCCUUUGUACGCCGAUAAUUUAACACAAGAUCAAGCUGCAACAACUGAAACCAUAAACACUACACCAAUAGUUUAUAUCGCAACGGAUAAUCCAUACGCUAACAGAACACAAUUAUCAGAUAAUAUUGUAAUGGACGAUUAUAACUCUGUAAUGCAUAAUACAGAAUUUAACGAUCUUCAAGUAAGAGAUUCGCAUCAGGUUGAUAAUAAUGGUGAAGAAACAAGCAAUUUAGAUGAAGUUAAAAAAGAAGAUGUUAAAAUUCCAGUGAAUAGCCAACAAGAUGUUAAAACUCUAGAAAAUGAUUUAGAACAAGGUCUUUUAAGGAAUGACUUUGAAGUGAAAACUCAAAAUAAACAUAGAAUAGAAGAGAGGGAUGAUGAAAAAGAAAGGCAAGAUAUGAUACCGGAAUCUGAGAAAGACAAUCCGAAUUUGUCAAGUUUCCACGUGGUUGACUCUGACAGGGAUUUGGACGUGCCCACAGGAAUCGAAGGACCGAUUCCUGCUGUUGUACUCCCGCCAGAAAACUUCGUCGCUGGAACAUUGCCAUCGAUUUUACAACCAGGUGUUCCGCCUCCCAGAUUGCCUCCGCUAGAUAUGUACCGUGGUUUCGGCUACCACCCCACACGAGGCGUACUCCCUUACUACUUCCACCACCAGAACCCUUACAGGAACUACAGAAGAUAUAACUCGCCUGUCGGAUAAUAUAAAAAAACAUGCCAACAUGUUUUUUUUAGACGUACCGAGCGACUUUUUGAACAAGAGCGAAACAUAGAAGGUUUAAAAAAUAUGAGUUAAAAUAUUAAGCUAAACAUGCAGCUGAACGUGGCCUAACAGUGUUUUUGUGACUGUUGGCUCUGUCUGCCCCGUAAGGGAUAAAGAUGUGAUUAUGAAUGUUUGUGGUUUAUUAAAGAAAUCUAAAGUGAAAACAUUUAAUAUAUUUCAAUUUGAUCCGUAAGAAAAGUAGAAAUUUUAAAUUCUUAUUACGGCUGGGUAUGUUCUUCUACGUAAAGUUUUAGUGUUCAAUGUUUGUGGUUUUAUUCUAAAAAUUUUGAUGUUAUUUUUAAAACAAUUCGAUAUUAUCUAAGUAUAAUGUAUGUGUAUUAUGAGGAUCUCGCGUAUACAUACAAUAUUAUUAAAAUAUAUUUUUUUAAAUUUGGCCUGUCACAAUUUUAAUUUUAAUUCUAUCAUAAGCAGUACAGCUGAACGUAGCCUUCCAGUAUUUUCGAAACUUAUGGAUCAGUCUGGGGUCACUCCAUCUCUUUCCCGUGGAUGUCGUAAAAGCCGACUCGGUCGGCUAAUAAACAUGGAAUUAUUUUUUAAGGCGAUGGGCUAGCAACCUGUCACUAUUUGAAUAUCAAUUCUACAGCCAUACAGCUGAAAGUGGCCUUACACUCUUAUCAAGACUAUUGGCUCUGUCUACCCCGCAAGGGAUUUAGACGUCACUAUAUGUAUGUAUGUUUGUGUAAGUUUUUUGUAAAUAAUUAAUACGCGUGUUGACAUUACGAUUAAAUAUAGAACAAUGUUAUUUUGAGUACUACGUAAUACUAUAUCCAUGAAGUAUGUAUGUACUUACUAUUAGCACUUCCAUGUAAAUAACUUAAUAUUUAGAAUGAGUAUUUUAAAGAAUCCAUGACUAUUGUU